AUGGCUGACAAAGAUCCCUCCCCCGCCGAAGACGCUGCCUUGCGCAAGAAGGAGGCCGAGGAGCAGGCUGCGCUGCCUUACAAAUGGAGCCAGACCAUCGGCGAGCUGGACCUCUCCUUCAACGUGCCCGGAAACUAUAAAUCAAGAGAUCUCGUCGUCGACAUCAAGAAGCUGUCCAUCACUGCGGGUGUCAAGGGACAAGAGCCCAUCAUCAAGGGCGACCUCCCCCACGCGAUCCGCGUUGACGAUUCGACUUGGACCCUGUCCACCAACUCCGACGGCACCAAGAUUGUCGAGAUCCACCUUGACAAGAUCAACAAGAUGGAAUGGUGGCCGCACGUCGUCACCAGCGCGCCCACCAUCGAUGUCACCAAGAUCCAGCCCGAAAACUCAAAGCUCUCUGACCUAGACGGCGAGACCAGGGGCAUGGUUGAGAAGAUGAUGUUCGACCAGCGACAGAAGGAGGCAGGCCUGCCCACAUCAGACGAGCAGAAGAAGAUGGACAUCCUCAAGAAGUUCCAGGAGCAGCACCCGGAGAUGGACUUCAGCAAGGCCAAGAUCCAAUAA